AUGGAUCUCAAAACUCUAUUUCACAAUCUUCGCGAAGAAGUGUCUUGCUCAGUGUGUUCGGACUUAUUCACAGAUCCUAAACAACUCUCCUGUCUGCACAGUUUUUGCUUCAAGUGUGUAAAACAGUGGUACGAGACGUGCGAAGGCGGAGACGCCAUUAAAUGCCCGAAAUGCCAAACGCUAAGCAGAAUACCAGCAAGCGGUGAUCUUAAAGAUCUUCCAACAAGCUUUUAUCUAAAUGGCUUUAUCGAUGUUCUAGCCAUCAAAGAAUGCAAGAACACUCAACUAACAUGCGGAAACUGUGACAAGAAGAGCUCGGAAGCGUCCUAUUGUUUCCAGUGUUGCAUAUUUUAUUGCGAUGAAUGCUUAAUGUUUCAUAGUAAAAUGCGAGACAAAACGGGACAUCGUGCUUUGGCGGUAAGAGAAUUCCAAGAUAAAGACUUCGAGGAUGUAUUGAAGCGACCAGUAUUUUGUUCAAGACAAGGACAUCAGAAAGAAGAGCUUAAAUACUACUGCAAAGAAUGCGAGACGGCUCUUUGCCAAACUUGCGUCAUUUUGUAUCACGGAGGUCAUGUUUUGAAAUUGAUCGAUGAAGAAGCCGAAGCCAAAAGACUCGAGAUGAAAGCUGUAAUCGAAUCGCAAAGACAAAAUUUAGAAGCAAAAAUGAACAUAGUAAGUCAACUGGAUGAAGACUGUGCUAAAAUGAUUCAACAAGGUGACAUCAUAAAAAGAGAUGUUCAAAGGUUUGCUGAUAACUUGAUCAAAACAAUUCAAGCGAAAGUGCAAAAUAUAAUCACUACAGUGGAAAGCCGAACUAAGGAGUCCAUUGAAAGUCUGACUGCAAAAAAGAACGAGAUUCAGAAACAAAUUAAUGUUAUUGAAUCAUCGCUAGAAGAAGCUGAUAAACUCUUUCAGAGAAGUACCAACGCUGAAGUUGUUCAGCUUAACAAAACAUUGCAAACAAUUUUUGAGAGGGUGGAUCAGACAGAGGUUGUUGCUCAUGACCCUGGAACUCAAGAAGCUUUAGUUUUCAUGAAAAAUAAGAAAAUACUUGAUGUUGUGAACGGAGAAGAUAUUGGAUCCUUGGAAACACUUUAUCGGACAAAAGCAAGUGAAUCUCUGGCUGAAGGCGAAGGACUCAAAGAAGGAACUGUAGCGCGUAAAGCUCAAUUCAAUUUGAUCACAAGAAACGCUAAGAGAAAACAGGGGUAUGAUGAGAAGGACCGUGUCACGGUAGAGUUCAAGGACGAGCAAGGACAAGAAUGCGUGACGGAAGUGAAAGUAGAGGACAUGAAAAAUGGUACCUACAAUGUAAGUUUUUAUCCCAGAGUUCAAGGUACAUUCAAAUUGUAUAUUACGGUUAACGAGGAAAGUAUUCGUAGCAGCCCUUUUACAACAAGCGUAAAACCAUUUCAUGUAAAACCUGUUUUAUCUUUUGGAGAGGAAGGCUCGGGUGAUGGGAUGUUUCAUUGUCCUCUGGGGAUGGCAGUGAGUGACAAAGACGAAAUAUUAGUAGCUGACUGUUUCAACCAUCGGGUUCAAGUGUUUGACAGUAAUGGUACUUUCUUAAGAUCCUUUGGUCACAAAGGUGAAAAUGCUGGAGAGUUCAACCUCCCUUUUGCAAUAGCCACUGAUAAGGAUAGAAACAUUUUCGUAGCAGACCAUAGUAACCAUGGAGUCCAGAUCUUUAGUUGGGAGGGGAGGCACCUGGGUUCAUUUGGCGGCCAAGGAAGCCUUGAUAGUCAGCUCUCUAACCCUUGGGGUUUAUCCUUAGAUAGUACUGGUAAUGUUAUUGUUGCUGAUACAGGUAACAAACUGAUUAAGAUCUUUACCCCGGAUGGUAGGUUUGUAAAGAAGAUAGGUGGGCAGGGUUCUUUUAGUAAUCCUGCUCACUGUGUUCAGUGUGGUGAAUAUUUCAUAGUGUCAGACCGAGGUGAACACUGUAUCAAAGUAUUUAACAGGGAGGGGCAUUUUCAGUACAAGCUUGGUAAGAAGGCCGGGAAAGGGGACGGGGAAUUUAGUUGUCCUGGUUAUUUGCUACUGAAUGAUUCACAGCAUCUGUUUGUCUGUGAUGAAGGGAAUCAUAGAGUUCAAGUCUUUGAACUUAACGGGAAAUUCAUCGGGAAGUUUGGGACACAGGGCAGCAAGUUAGGAGCAUUCAAAUCACCCUUGUCGGUGGCAUUGCUUAGUAAUGGUCAAUUUGUUGUGUCUGAUCAAGGUAAUCAUCGAAUUCAAAUAUUUGAAUAA